GAUCCUCUUCUGGGGAGAUCUUGAGAAAGGAAGGAACAAGGUUGAACUCCAUCGCCCCUUCCUCCCCUCUCCUUCCUCUCCCCCUUUUCUUUCUUCACAUCCAUGGAUUCCCCUUUUCCUUUUCUUUCUCUUCUUCUCCUCCUCCUCCUCUUCCCAUCCUUUCCUCUCUCUGAGUCCAAGCUUUCUGUCGACUACUACAAGACCUCCUGCCCUGACUUCCAAGAUAUCAUUCGCGACACUGUCACCGACAAGCAAAUCACCAGCCCCACCACUGCCGCUGCCACUUUACGUCUCUUUUUCCACGACUGCAUGGUCGAUGGCUGUGAUGCAUCUAUUCUCAUUUCAUCUAAUUCUUUCAAUAAGGCUGAACGAGAUGCUGAAGUCAACCUUAACCUCCCUGGGGACGCUUUCGACGUGGUGACUAGAGCCAAGACAGCUCUCGAGCUCUCAUGCCCUAAAAUUGUCUCAUGUGCUGACGUCGUCGCUCAAGUCACUCGUGACCUAAUUAUCAUGGUUGGAGGACCAUUUUAUCCCGUCCGUCUAGGGCGAAAGGACGGGUUAAUCUCUAUGGCGUCUCAUGUAGAAAAGAGUCUCCCUAGGGUUAACAUGACAAUGGAUGAGAUGAUUGAUCUGUUUAAGUUGAAUGGAUUCAACGUCAGGGAGAUGGUUGCGUUGAUGGGUAGUCACACCAUUGGAUUCUCUCACUGCAAGGAGUUCGCUGAUAGGCUUUACAAUUUCAGCAACAGCAACCCAACAGAUCCAGGUUACAACCCAACGUACGCAAGUGCAUUGAAGACUUUAUGUGCUAAUUACACCAAAGAUACAACCAUGUCCGCCUUCAACGACGUGCUCACACCCGGCAAGUUCGACAACAUGUAUUACCAGAACUUGCCCAGAGGGCUAGGGCUGUUAAGAACCGAUAGUAUGCUGGUUAAGGACCCUAGGACCAAGCCCUUUGCAGAGCUUUACGCAAAGGACCAGGCAGUGUUCUUCAUGGAUUUUUCUCAUGCAAUGGAGAAGCUUAGCAUUCUUGAUAUCAAGACUGGGAGAAAGGGAGAGGUGAGGAACCGGUGCGAUCAAUUCAACUCAAUUAAGACUUAGAAUGUGAUACAUGAAACGUGGGUUUCUUAUUUUUUUAGUGUGAAGCAUAAGAAUGAGAACGAAAAUGAAAUUUUUCAUCCAUUCACAGAUAAAAAGAAAAUUUGUGCUUGCUUCUUCUUCUUUCUCUCUCUUUCUCUCUGUCUCUGUUAUUGGUUGGUUGAUCUGU